UCCUGUUAAACGACUCCCUGAAGAAACAAUAUAAACAUCAGUGUUCAAUUCAAGGCCACGGUUGACUUGGAAUGCACCCCACCACAACUCCUUGCAGUAAGCACUUUAUGUCUCUCUUCCUCUCUCUCUCUCCUUAUUUGUCCCUCCCCUCUUUAACUCACACUCGCUCUCUCCCUCUCUCUGAGCGUCGUUGCCAUGGCACCGCCUGCCUGACUCAGUACAGCGGUUAAAACACGGUCACUUCUCCUGCUUUUUUUGGUGUGGGAUGUUCAGUCGGCAUGUUGGUGCGCACCGGCUGAACGCACCGCUGGUUGGUAGGGCUGCUCGUGUGGUGCGUGUGCGUGGCUCAAGCUCCGCUCUGUCCCGGGAUGAGACUUUACCGUCAGCUGUGAGACGAGGUCCUUACAGUGGAAAGCACGCCGGCAGUGUUAGUGGCAGUGGUGGUGGUGGGGGGGACACGUCGCACACCUGCGGCUGGACGGAAAUAGAUGGAGGGACUCGCGCCGCAGCCGCUGUUGACACCGCACUCCACCAAUUGCUUCACCUCCUCUCCUGGUCCACGGGGGAGCGCGCUUGUAAGCUGAUUUGACCCGGGGAUGUGAAUACCUCUCCGGGAUUAGAAGGUUAUUGGGUGAACGACAAUGCCCCGCGGCUCGGACCGGCACUCCCGGCUAUUGUUCGCACGGCGGCGGACGCACGGUGCCCCCCGGUCUCCACCGGUUCGUCUCCAGUAGCUGUUGCCAGCCUCCUCGCCAAAAUUCGCUCCGGUCGUCCUCCCCCGGCGUGGAUAGGAUAAUAUGACUUCCUGGCUCCGCACACACGGCAGCGUCCCUCUGUGUCUCCUGCUCUGCUGCGUGGUGGUCGCCGUCUGCGCGGAAGCCCCCGGUGCCGGUGACGGUGUGUGCUCGUCUCCUAGUAUCACUUCUUGUGCAGAGUGUCUCAGACGUGGACCACAGUGUGCCUGGUGCUUCAGUGAGGACUUUCAGGAUGGGUCGUGGCCGGGCCAGCGCUGCGACCUGCCGGUGAACCUGCUCAGAAAAGGGUGCGGACCGGAGUUCUUGGAGCAGUCGGAGGUCAAGGUGGAGGUCAACGCCACCAUCGGCAGCACACAAGUGUCCCCACGAGACAUCAAUAUCACCCUCAGACCAGGUUCAGAGGCCAGCUUUAUAGUGGCUGUGAAGCAGCUAGAGCGUUACCCCGUGGAUCUGUACUACUUGGUGGAUGUGUCGGCUUCUAUGCAGGAAAACCUGGAUCAUCUGAAAACGGUGGGUGUAGCCCUGUCUCUGCGUAUGACAGAGCACUCCUCAGACCUUUGGCUGGGUUUCGGGUCGUUUGUGGACAAACCUGUCUCCCCUUACAUCAACGUCCAUCCCUCCAAGAUCAACAACCCCUGCAGUGAUUAUGAGAUCCGCUGUCGUCCGGCCCAUGGCUUCCACCACGUCCUCAGCAUGACGGGGAAUAUGACCGAGUUCACGCGCGUGAUCAAACGCCAGCGCAUCUCCGGAAACAUGGACACACCUGAAGGAGGGCUGGAUGCUAUGCUGCAAGCCGCUGUCUGCCAGAAGGCAGUGGGUUGGCGACCUCAGGCCAAGCGUCUGUUGCUCCUAAUGACCGACCAGCCGUCUCACCUCGCCCUGGACAGCCGGCUGGCGGGGAUUGUCACGCCACACGAUGGCCUGUGUCACCUGGAGAACAACAUCUACACAGGGAGCACCAGGAUGGACCAUCCCAGCGUGGGUCAGUUGUCUGAUAAGCUGCUUGACAACCAUAUCUACUCCAUCUUUGCUGUGGAAAAACAGCAGUACCAGUGGUACGAGGAGUUGGUACGCUUGCUACCUGGUUCCUACCUGGGAAAGCUAGGCCUCUUCCAGGCUCCAAACCUAAUAGAGCUGGUGUUGGACGCAUACAAGAGGUUGUUGUCGGAGGUGGCGCUGUCAGUGUCGGUGGAGGACAAGGCGGUCAGCAGGUACUGGGUGUCUGUGUCUCCUCUCUGUCCUGACGGGUCCACAGCUAAGGACCAGAGCUGCUCGGGGGUGCAGCCCGACCAGACGGUUUACUUCAAUAUCACCAUUGGCCUGCGCUCUUGCCCUGACAAUGGUGAAGAUGAAGAUGUACAAGUGAUGGUUCGCCCUGUGGGUUACAACGAAUCCACUGUCAUCAGGAUUCACUCUAAAUGCAGCUGCAGUUGUGGACCAGAGAAGCGCUGUCAUGACGACAGCCAAUCGCAGUGCGCAGGCACUCAAGAUGGCGCCAGUCAGGGGCAGAAGCCAGAUCAUGGACUGACUGAUGACUCAAAUGGGGAUUCAAACUGGAAAUGCAGAGCUGAUGGGUCCGAUGUGGACUGCAGCGGCCGGGGAGUGUGUGAGUGCGGAAGGUGUGUGUGUGAACAGAACAGGCUCGGGACAGUAUAUGGGAAAUACUGCGAGAUAGACGACUUCUCCUGCCCGUAUGAAGGGGGCCUGAUGUGUGGAGGACGGGGUGUGUGUGUGUUAGGUGAGUGUGUGUGUGAGGACGGCUGGACGGGCGAUAGCUGCACCUGUCACGUCUCCACAGCGACCUGCCAAUCAGCCAGCGGCUUAGUAUGCAGCGGGCGAGGAAGAUGUGAGUGUGGCAAGUGUGUGUGUGAUGACCCCCGGUACUCUGGAGACUUCUGUGAGAGAUGUCCUGCUUGCCAAAGCACCUGCCAAUCAUACUGGAAGUGUGUGGACUGCCACCUGUCUCACGGUCUCACACAAAAAGAGGCGGGACACUGCAACAACACCUGCGCACCAUUGGUGGGCUACAUGGAUGAUGUAUCAGGCCAAGCAGGGGAGAUGUGGAUUCAGUGCAUGUACAUCAGUAAUGACAGCUGUAGGUAUCGCUUUCAAACCAGCUCACACUCUGGUCAGACCCAGCUUCACAUCAGCACAAGACCAGAGUGUGCCAGCAGUAGCCGGCUGGUGGGAACAUUCCUCAGUGUGUGUGCUCUGACCGUGCUAUGCGGGCUGGUGGUGGUCGCCAUGUCCCGUUUGCUCCUACAGAAAAAAGGCUGGUCACCAGGGGGCACUGCUGAGGACGGAAUUUAUCACUGCACUGGAAAGGACCUGUCAUACAUUCCUACAACCAAUGAGAAGACAGUUACCUACAGGAGGGACCAUCCACCUGACCACCCCGUGGAGAUGCACAUUCAGGUUCCCAAGAUGCCCCUCGGUGACCCCUGGCAGUACUAAGCAGAGGUCAGAGGUCACGGUCAAAAGGAAGGCAGUAGAGGCACAUACAGUAGAAGGAGAAUAGGACUAAAGGCUUCUUUUCCAUCUCUUAACCUUCAUGAAACUUCAACCAGCUGUACACAGAAGACUGAUAAUGGUAAACUAAACUAUGAAACCUCCAUGGAAUCACAUUUGUAAAAUGAGCUGAGCAAACUCUCAUAGACUGUGUGACUAAUGUGGCCAGUAUCCUGGAAAACGAGAUGAAACAAAGACCACAAGUCUCCCACCUCCUCCCCUUCUGUAGCAGCAGCGAGGCUACGUCUUCUACAGGGUAAAGGGUGAUCAUUCCUCGCUUUUUAGCCAUGCAGCAAUUACUGCUCUAACUUAUGGACGCAUGUGUUUGUGUGCGUGUGUGUGCGCGCGAGCAUGUGUGUGUGGUGCAGGUAGAUGCAUUUAUGCUCUAUCCAGGCUUUCUAUUUAUAAUUUUAUAGUAAAAACACUACAUGUUUUAGUUCAUGUGACUGUGCGACACUCCAACAUUCCAACUGUACUGUCUCCCUGUCUUCGUCUGCCCCCUUGUGGCCAGCUUGAGGUAUGACUUUUUUUCUCAAAUAAUACUGCCUACACAUUACUGACCUCAGCUGUAUUAUCUUGGGAUUUAAUUCAUGAAGAACACCAGUUACUCUCUGUUACUUUUUACCUUUUACUUUGAUUAUAUUUUCAGUCAUCUCUGGCGCAUCUGGUCUUAUAUCGUUGCAUUUUGUUUUUGUUAACCGAUCAACUGUGUUGCAAAUUAAUGUUAUUUCAUGGCAUUUUUCUAUCAUAAGUGAGAAUAUAGUUUUGUAUGAUUGUCAACUGUUAAUAAUCUGGUUAGACUUGCACUAGUACAAUUGUUUUUUGCAUUAUACUACUGAAAACUGUGGGGUAUCUGGGGCAAGAGAGCUGUAACAAGCUGAAGUGACUGGUUUGCUACACGUUGGGCAUUAGAAGGCAUGGAAGUGCAUUUGAAGCUAAUGUAACAAAAUCACAACACUGGAAAAAGACUGAAAAUACAAACAUACUGAUAAUUAAUGGCAACUGUAUCAUCAAACGCCGGAACAUGUGACCUCUAUAACAGAGACAGAACUGUGUGUGCAUGCAUCUUCUGAUCAUCCCAGAGCCAUUACUGUCCAGAACUGCAGAUAAACUGAUGUUUAGACUGAGACCUGCUCCUGGGCAAUGGUACAUCUCAGUUCUAAAGGUACUGAGGUUGGAGGUGGACUCCUCAAACUCCUCAUGCACUAGAUCCUCUGGAUCCAGAGUGCCAGUUGCAUGGCAUCUUGUAAGACUUUUGCUCGCCCAAUCCUGUUCCUUUUUUUUCCCCAUUUUUAUUUAACGCAACAUUGUUUACAGCAAUAGCUGCUCUAUUUUUCUGUAAGUCAGGAACACUAAUGAUUAUUUAUUGUGAUUUAUUUUAUUUUUUUCUUUUAUUCUGACAUGUAAUUGUAUUAUUUUAUGAUAAGGCUACUUGAGUAAUGGGUAAUAAGUACUGUUUAUGUUUAUGAAGAGUGGGCUCUAUCCUUAAUGAGCAAUAAUCAUCUCAUCUUACCGGACACUAAGUUCGGAGUAACAGCAGCACUUUUCUGUGUAGUUUCGCUGUCAGUUAAUGUGACUAGUAGUGUAGCAUGAAUGACUUCAUCACAAUAAAAAUGUGCAAGAUUUUUUU